AUGUCCUGGCAAAGCUACGUGGAGAGACUGAUGGCAGAAGGCACCUGUCAGGAUGCGGCGAUUGUUGGGUACGGUGACGCCAAAUAUGUUUGGGCAUCAUCAAGCGGUGGCACGUUUGCUAACAUCACACCCGCCGAGAUCGAUGUAAUGGUGGCAAAGGAACGGGGCUCUUUCUACACUCAGGGAUUGACCUUGGGCAGUAAAAAAUGCUCUGUACUUAGAGAUAGCCUCAAUGUCGACGGUGACUGGACAAUGGACUUCCGGACAAAGAAUUCAGACGGAGGGCCCACGUACAAUAUUUCUGUAGCCAGAACGGACAAAGUGUUGGUUUUAGUCAUGGGGAAGGCAAGCAUCCACGGAGGAGUGCUCAACAAGCAAGCAUAUGUGAUGGCUGACUACCUGAGGAGAUCUGGAUACUAA